AUGGCUGGCACGGCAGGUGCCUGUGUCAACGAUUUAUUGGGCAUGGACGACGCGAGUCUAGCUGCAGCGGUAGCUUCGGGGAAGCUUCCACUCAGGAGCAGCGGGAAUCCCGUUGCGAGCACCAAUGCCGCUGGCACUGCAGCGGCGGCGGCGGCGGCGGCGGCGGCGGCGGCUACAGCCGCUACAGCCGCGAUGCGGAGCGCGCUUGCUAGCAGCGCUACUGCGCGUCGUAGCGGGCUCGGGGGAGGGGCAGGGGGAGCUCUGUCGGGCGCGCGGGGAGGAAUGGGCGCAGCCGUGCAGCUGAACGGGGACGGGGGAAGGUUCGGUGUCGGAGGGGCGCAGCAGCAGGCGGAGUUUCUCCUGGCAGGGGGGACGGCGGCGCAGCAGGCGGAUUUCCGAAUGGGCGGGGGGGCGGCGCAGCAGCAGCAGCAGCAGGCGGAGUUUCUGAUGGGCGGAAGGGCGGCUGCGCAGCAGCAGGGGGAUUUCCGAAUGGGCGGGGGCGCAGCGGCGCAGCAGCAGGCGGACUUUCUCCUGCUGCAAGAACUGGCGGGGCAGCAGGCGGCAUUGCUGGGGGGAGCGCAACUGGCGGGAGGAUUCGCAGGAGUCGACAUCUCCGCGUUUUACGGCGGGGGCGGGGAGGCGGCGCGCGCGUCGAUGGCGGAGAUGGAGGCGAAGGCGCUGGCGCAGUCGCGCUCGCACAGCGAGGCGGAGCGGCGGCGCAGGGAGCGCAUCAACCAGCACCUCGCGACGCUGCGUGCGCUCCUGCCCAGCUCUAGCAAGACGGACAAAACGACACUCCUAGGCGAGGUGGUGGACGUGCUGCGAGGGCUGCACGCAGAGAGGGAGAGGCGUGUGAAGGGCACUUUAUCCUCCUUCCCCCUGCUCCCUACCCUCAUUCCUUACCCCGCUACUCCCCCUAUCCAGACAGACAAAGCAACACUGCUAGGCGAGGUGGUGGACGUGUUGCGGGCGCUGCACGCGGAGAGACGUGAAAGGCAGUGUACCCACAACCGCCCAUGCCCUACCCCGCCCCUCCCCUGUUAA